AUGAAUUCGUACGGGUAUACUGUACACAGUCAAAAUUAUAGUACUAUUAUUCCCGUAUGGCAAAGGUUUACUAAGUUCGAGACGUUGCCAGAUCGGAAGGAUCUAGGCUGCCGGCAUUUCCGUCCGAAUGGUAGGUAUGGAGUGGAGGUCGACUGGGGUGAAGGAGGUAGCGAGUCCAAAUGGUAA